AUGCAUAAUCAGACGACGCAAUCGUGGGAAACUUGCUAUGUCGCCGCCGCUGAGCCGGACGGAUCCGUGCCUGUGCCUGAGGCUCGCGUGAGAACCACGCAAGCAACAACAUGGCCACGGUUCACCAGCCAGCCAGGCCAGACUCACCCAAGACAACGCACUGCUCUCGACCCCACCGGCUCUCGCAAGCAUCUCUCUCACCAACCUUCUUCCCGCCAAGGCAACGGCGGACGCGACUCAGACAUGUCAAAGUCGGCGUCCGGCUCAGCCUCAGGCCGACAAGGCCACGAUCCGACCCCGCCGCCGAUCGUGACCACGCCAGCACCGUCUUCCCCGCCGGCGUCGGAGUCCUUCCUCUCCGAGUUUGAUGGCACCGCUGGUAGCGUCAUCGACACCUCGUACGACGCAGGUUGGGACACGCCGACGGACGCUGCCUCCUUGAACAUUGUUUCGUGGAAGCUCGGCGUCAAUGCACGUGUCGAGGACGGCAUCGAGAAACGCGGCUUCAACGCUAUAUCUGCUGUUCUCGCUCAUCCCACGAAGAAGGCAAACCCGCUGCGCGCGUCGCGCAAGCCACUCCCUCCAGUGGCCCAACCUCCACCGCUACUGCCUAAGCCCUACGCACCGUCCUACUAUGAUGGGUACCUUAAAUCCAUCGCACCCUUGUAUGAGCAGUUUGUUCAGUCGCAAGCGGCUGCGACGGCAUCUGCUGGGGACAUCGAUCUUCAGCAGCGCAAGUCAGCCGACGACCUUCCCUCCCUUGACAACAUCCCUGCCACAUUCUUUGACACCAACUUCGACCUCGCCAACCCGACGACUUGGAACGAUCUCAUGAGCUCUGUCCCCGAAUCAGGCAAGAACCAGGACGAUGAACUGCAAGAUGUUCUCUCGACGCAUCUCGACAACCUUGAGCGCCACCUCGUGCACGAGAUCACUCUCCGCAGCUCUUCCUUCUUCUCUGCUCUGUCCAACCUCCAGGACCUCAACGCUGAGUCGACCUCGUGCCUCACCCGUAUUGCCGACCUCAAAUCGUCUUUGAAGGAUGUUGGUUCGAAGCAGGCCCGCAAAGGUCUUGAAAUCAUCGACGCGCAAGCUCGGUUGAAAGAUCUUCGAACCACGGAAAGCGGUGUGAAGCGCAUGGCAGAGCUCGAUGAGAUUCUGCGUGUCGCCCGCGGUCUUGCAGAUGGGGGUGAUUGGUCCGGCUCGCUCGACUGUGUCGAAGACGUUGUUCGAUGGUGGGAGCGGAACGACAAGGACGGCAGAGACGGCGUCGAGGAGAAAGCCCUUGCCCUCAACACACUGCCGGCUCUUGCUAAUCUGCCAACCUCGAUUGCUGUUCUGACAACUAACAUCGCAUCGCAAUUGGAGAGCGUCCUGAGUUCUGUCCUGCAGUCACUUCUCUCAGAGUCCGACCACGGCAAGCCAUUCGACCCACUGGAGGUCCGAACUCGUAUCGGCGCCAUGCUAAGUGGACUGAUGCGCUGCGGCAAGGGCGACUCGCUCGUCAGCAUCUGGCGAAAUGCUGUCACAACAGCCAUCCGGGAGGGAUUACGACAGGACGACGAGGACGUAGACAAGGCUACUGAGGUGCGCGGCCAGACUCUCGCCCAAUCGCUGCAGUCAAUGGACCACGCCCAGUUCCUCGAGCUCUGCAAGAAGAUGUACGGCUCGAUGCUGACUCGCCUGCAUCUCGUCCAGAAGAUCGGCGAGGAGAUGGCGGCGAUGAUGAGCGAGAACCAACACAUCAAAGCGCUCAUCAUCUCCGUCGGAAGCGAUGCCCCUCUCUUGGCCAGGUCACCAGACCUGCCACCUUUCGAGCCCGCAGAUGUGCUCUCUUCCGCAUGCGAACUUGCCAACACCCGCGCGUCGAAGAUUCUGUCGGUUCGAAACGAACAGCACUCUUCAUUGCCGAUUGAGCAGUUUGUGGAGGUCUUCGACGAGAGCUGGCAGUUCGUCGUGGCGACCGAGGUACUCGCCAAGCGCAUGAUUGUGUCUCUGCGAGGUGUCGCCGCUUCGCAGGCUCGCGCAUUCCUGGUUUCGUACCAUGCGCAGAAGCUGACCCGGUCAGCGAAGCUCGUGGAGGAGGAGACCUGGGUGCAGAUCGACGUCCCGCCGUCAACGCAACACGCUGUCGACCUCAUGGUCGAAGCCGCCGUCAAGGACCCCACCGAGUGUCUGAUCCCAUUCAAGACGUCGAAUGGCUCCAACGGAGACCAGCAGCAGGGCGCCACGAAGCUCAUUAACAUCGAGGGCAAGUCUUUCUUCGUUGUUACCGCCACGUCUGGAUCCCUGUCGCUUCUGUCCGACUAUCUCGCCGUUGUCAUCAACCUCGAGCUUGUUGUGACCGAUGUCAUGUCACGGAUAAUUGAGUUCCUGAAGAGUUUCAACUCGAGGACUUGCCAGGUCGUGCUCGGUGCCGGCGCUAUGCGAUCCGCGGGCUUGAAGAACAUCACGGCGAAGCACCUCGCCCUCGCGUCGCAAUCGCUGUCUGUCGUCAUCGCGCUCAUCCCCUACAUCCGGGAGUUCAUCCGGCGGCACCUGAACCCGAAACAGGCAGUCAUGCUGACCGAGUUCGACAAGCUGAAGGGAGACUACCAGGAACACCAGAACGAGAUUCACGCCAAGCUCGUUGCGAUCAUGGCGGACCGCUUAGCUGUCCAUGUCAGCGAGCUGCGGGAGAUCGACUGGGAGGCGACGCCCGCCAAGGAGGGCCCGCACCAGUACGCCCAAAUGCUUGUCAAGGAGACUGCUACUCUGCACAAGGUUCUGUCCAAGUAUCUCGCCUCGAACACUGUCGUUGCGGUCAUGUCGCAGGUGCUCGCCGCGAGCGUUCACCGCCUGACCGAGGAGUACGCCAAGAUCGAGCUCAAGUCUGAGGACGCGAAGAAGCGCAUGCUGCAAGACGCCAUCCUUAUCGUGCAACGGCUGACGCCUCUUUCCGAGCUGCCGGAGACGCUCGAAUCGCUCGAAACCCUCGUCAAGGAGAAGCCGACGCCGAAGAAGAAUGUCGCCGCAAACCUCGGCGGGCUGUUCAAGCGCCACCAGAAGGAGUCGCCGACGUCGCCGGCAGCCCCGACGACAGAGCUCAAGGAGGAAGAAAAGGCAAAGAGCCCGCUUCCGCCUGAGAAGACGCGGACACCUGUUGAGAGUAAGGGCGCUGACGCUGGUGACGAAGGUGAGGCUGAACGAAAGGUUUCUCCAAGGGAGUCAACGGACAAGUCCUCUGAAGAGGGGCCGUCUGAAGAGCCGGAGAAGCCCGUGGCAGAAGAAAUUAAGCCGGAAGUAGUGCAGCCCGAAGCAGCGGAAGAGGCCAAGCCGGAAGUUGCCGAGGAGAAGCCCCCAGUGCCGGAGAAGGAGGAUGUGGAGGAGAAGCCCCCGAUUCCGGAGAAGAAGACGCAAGAGCCACCGGCCAAGGACGACUCUACCCCCGAGGUGCCCGCCAAGGACGACAUGCCCAAGGUUCCUGCCAACGACGAACCGCCAGCAACCCCGAGCAAGGAGAGUCCGACAAAGGAAGAGGAAGCGCUGCUUGCUGUUCCGGAGAAGGACACGGAGGAGGUGAAGCCUCCACUACCGGAGAAGGACGUUGUUUCAGAGGCUGAGCCCCUUACCGAGCUCGCGGCGGAGGCAGAGAGCAAGGCUGAAGUUGAAGCGGAGACUACGGCGGUGCUCGAAACCCAGCCGGAGGAGGAGGCCGAGACGAAGCCUGAGCCCGAAGCCGAAGUCAAGCCCGAAACGCCCCCGAAGGACGAGCCGGCUGCUGGCGAGUCAACUGCUCCCGAACCGACACCUGUGGAACCCGAAGCCACCCCAGCCGCCGCCACCCCCGACGCCACUGACGAGCCCGCCUCCGGAGCGACCUCGCAGACGGAGGACUCCACCCCGGCAGCCGCCAAGCCGCCACCAGCAACCCCCUCCAGAAAGAAGAAGAAGAACAAGAAGAAGAAGUAG